AUGCCGUUCCACCAUGUGCGGGCGGGCCUGCUCUAUCCUGACAACUACCUGAGCAGCUCCCUGACGGAGGGCAGUGAAGCCUUCCAGCUCACCAGCAUCUCCACAGAGGAGCUCGGAGAGAUCCGCGAGGCGUUCCGUGUUCUGGACCGUGAUGGGAACGGGUUCAUCUCCAAACAGGAGCUUGGCAUGGCCAUGCGCUCCCUGGGUUACAUGCCCAGCGAAGUGGAGCUUGCCAUCAUCAUGCAGAGACUUGACAUGGACGGCGACGGCCAGGUGGACUUUGAGGAAUUCAUGACAAUACUGGGUCCCAAGCUCCUGUCCUCUGACAAUCGAGAAGGGUUCCUGGGCAACACCAUUGACAACAUCUUCUGGCAGUUUGACAUGCAGCAGCUGUCGCUGGAUGAGCUGAAGCAGGUGUUGUUCCACGCCUUCCGGGACCACCUGACGAUGAAGGACAUUGAGAACAUCAUCAUCACCGAGGAGGAGAGCCUCAAUGAAACCUCGGGGAACUGCCCUGAGUACGAAGGAGUCCACCCUAAAAAGAAGAAUCGGCAGACGUGUGUGCGGAAAAGUCUGAUCUGCGCCUUCGCCAUGGCUUUCAUCAUCAGCGUCAUGCUCAUCGCGGCGAAUCAGAUGCUACGAAACGGCAUGGAGUAG